AUGCCUUCAGCACAACCAAUUCGCGGUGAUGCGUUCGGAUCAUCAGACAGCAACUUAGACUAUGAUGUCUUGAUAAUUGGUGCCGGACUCAGUGGCAUUCUUAGCUUGUACCGCAUGCGGGAACUUGGCUUGAAGACACGAGUUAUCGAAGCAGGUUCCGGUGAAGGAGGCACAUGGUUUUGGAACAGAUAUCCCGGUGCUCGAUUUGACUCGGAGAGCUAUUCAUACAUCUUCUCAUUCUCACAAGAAGUCCUCGAUGAGUGGAACUGGACAGAGCACUUUGCCCCUCAACCAGAAACCCUUCGGUAUAUCCAAUAUCUCACAGACAAGUUCGACUUGAAGCGGGACAUGCAGUUCAACACACGCGUCAAGUCAGCAAAGUUUCAAGAAGAUACAUCGUCAUGGCUUCUUGAGGAUGAAGAUGGCUCACAGUACACAUGUCGUUAUCUCAUCACUGCGAUGGGCAUUCUCAACCAACCGACUUUACCCAACAUCCCAGGCGUGCAAAACUUCAAGGGGCAAGCCUGGCAUACAGCUAGAUGGCCAAGCGAUGCUUCUGCUCUGAAUGGCAAGCGAGUGGGCAUCAUCGGAACCGGUGCAACAGCUAUUCAGACCAUCCAAGCUAUCUCGGAUAAGGUCGGCCACUUGACGGUAUUCCAAAGGACGCCAAACUGGACAGCUCCACUACGAAACAAGAAGAUCACCCCAGAGGAGAUGGACGAGAUUCGUACAAGAUACCCCGAAAUCUUCCGAAAAUGCGCCGAGUCAUAUGCAUGCUUCAUUCACGUUGGAGACAGCAGGAGCGUCUUUUCGAUGACAGAAGAGGAGCGUCAAGAGCAAUGGGAGAAGCUAUAUUCUGAACCCGGAUUCGCCAAAGUCCUCAGUGUCUCGGCAGAUGUUUUUACAGACCACAAGGCGAACGAGCUUUACAGCAAGUUCCAUGCUGAUAAGAUUCGCACAAGAAUCAAUGAUCCAGGAGUUGCUGAGAAGUUGAUCCCCAAGAACCACGGCUUCGGCACAAGGAGAGUUCCGCUGGAGAGUGGUUACUUUGAGGUUUUCAAUCAGUCGAAUGUGAAGCUGGUUGAUAUUAGAGAAGAUCCAAUUUCUCAGAUCACAGAGACUGGUGUUCAGACGGGAGAUACGUUUUAUGAGCUUGAUGUUCUGAUUUACGCCACUGGGUUCGACGCUGUUACUGGUUCCUUCAACGCGGUUAAUAUUCAAGGCCGGAACGGAACGAAUUUGAGGGAUGUCUGGGCUGAGGGCAUCAGGACAUUCUUAGGACUUACUGUCCAGGACUUUCCUAACAUGUUUAUGAUUAUGGGUCCCCAUCAGAUGUUUGGAAACAUUCCAAGGUCUAUCGAAUAUGCCGCGAACUGGGUGGCUGAGUUCAUAAGAUAUGCUCGCGAUAACAAGAUCAUCAGUGCCGAAGCAACUGACAAGGGAGUGGAGGAAUGGACUCAGCAUGUGCAUGAUUGUGGUAAAGGACUACUGGCCAACGAAGUUGACUCAUGGAUGACCGGUGUCAACAAGAACUUGGCUCAUAAGCAAAAGAGGUCCAUGACGAGAUACAAUGGUCCUGCACCAGGGUAUCGAAAGAGAUGUGAUGAGGUGAAGGGGAGGGAUUACUCGGACUUUGUCUUAAGAUAUGCUUGA